UUUUUAACCAAAAAUAUAUGGAAAUCACAGAAAAUGGGAAAGAAACUUAUUUUUCACAUAAAGAGAGAAUCUUCCCAGAACUUCAAAAUGGAAAAAUCCCCACAAAUCAGUUUUUAUUAGCCUGUCAAGGAAUUGCUGAUUUUGUUGGUUUUCUUGGUACUGCAUUUAUUCCUGUUAAAAAUGAUAUUAGUGGGAAUGUUCACAAAAUCUCCAAAUUAUUUGAGACAGACAAAAAGAAAAUGUAUUUUCUUCAAGAUUUAAUUGACGAAGAUAUUUCUGAAAAUAAUGGAAAAAUUGGAAUAGCAACAGAAGGAUUACUAUGGCUAAAAAGAGGAUUACAAUUUAUGCUUCUUUUACUUAAACAAUUAGUUAAAGAUUAUCGAAAUGGAAUUUUAAAUGGAGAUUUGUCUAAAUCAGAGAAUUUAACUCCAAAUCUACGACAUUCUUAUGAAAAUACUUUAAAGAAGCAUCACAAUUUUAUUUCUAAACAAUUAUUUAAGGUUGUAAUCCACGCUGCCCCUUCUAGAAAAACUUUAUUAAAAGCUUUAGCCUAUGGAAAUGAAGGAUUGGAAAAGGAAUGUAUAGACCACAUAGAUGAAUUAAUUGGGAAUUUUGAAGCAAAUGUUCAAUCACUUGUUGCAUAUUAUAAUCUCAAAGGACUUGAAAGUCAUCAUUAAAAGACAAUCAAUUUAUUGUAAAAAUUUGAAAAAUAUCAUAAAAUAAAUUCAAAAAAAAAUAAAGUUAUAAAUUUUUGGGAUUUUUAUAUUUGGUGAAAGUGUUAAUAAGUAAUUGGUCGAACCCUGUAGCCAGAAAAUAUUUUUGGAAAAUAAGGAUUUUAAAAAUUCUGAUUGUAAGAUUAAAACUCCCCUACAUUAGUGUUGGAUUAUUGAACGAAUCCAAUGGAUUGUUCUAUUUUGUUAAAAUUGUUUU